UCACCUGACUUAAACAAAUUCACGUUGCAUCUUCCUGCAUGCUAACCGAAAUACAUAGACACAUUUCAUUUAACUGCUGGCCAAAGUGUUCAAAAUGGUUAUUUAACUGUUGGAGGAGAUGCGAAUUAUCACCAGUCGCGGCGAUCUGGAGUUUAAACAGCGAACUGUCUAAUUUAAUGUCUUUGCGUUGUCUCGUCUACAUUGAGACCAAUUGAAAAAUCAAAGAUGCCUCAGACAGCGGCUGUCAUCAGUGGGAUCCAGAGGAUGGUUUUGUAUGAAACCAGAGCUAGAUAUUUUUUGGUGGGGAGCAAUCAAGCACAGACCAAACACCGAGUCCUAAAGAUUGACCGCACUGAGCCCAAGGACCUCGUCAUAAUUGAUGAUAAGCAUGUGUAUAAUCAGCUUGAAGUACGGGAGUUGCUGGGCCGUCUGGACCUGGGGAACCGUACCAAGAUUGGCCAAAAGGGUUCCUCCGGCCUGUCCAGGGCUGUGUCAGCUGUUGGUAUUGUGGGGUUUGUACGUUUUCUCGAGGGCUACUACAUUGUUCUGAUAACCAAGCGCAGAAGGAUGGCUGACAUUGGUGGACACUCCAUCUACAAAAUUGAAGACACAACCAUGAUCUACAUCCCUAAUGACUCUGUCAGAGUUACACACCCUGAUGAAGCAAGAUAUGUGCGGAUUUUCCAGAAUGUGGACCUUUCCAGUAACUUCUAUUUCAGCUACAGCUAUGACCUGAGCCACUCACUGCAGUACAACCUGACAUUGCUGCAGAGACCUUAUGAACUAUGGUCGUCACCAGCUCCAUCCAAUGAGGAAGAGGUGCACAUGCAGAGCAAGCAAGACAGCUUUGACAUCUUUGAAGAUGAGGGCUUGCCGACACAAGUGGUUUACGGCCUCCACAACGAGCCGUACUACAAGUACGUGUGGAACGGGAAGCUCCUGGAGCGAGUCAAGGACAUAGUGCAUCCUGACUGGCUCAUGUAUAUAAUCCAUGGCUUUUGUGGCCAGUCCAAACUGCUGAUCUACGGCCGACCAGUGCACAUCACCCUCAUUGCUAGGCGUUCCAGCAAAUUUGCUGGGACCCGCUUCCUGAAAAGAGGUGCCAACUGUGAGGGAGAUGUAGCUAAUGAGGUUGAGACCGAACAGAUCGUCCACGAUGCUUCAGUCAUGUCUUUCGCAGCUGGAAGUUACUCCUCAUACGUGCAGGUCCGAGGUUCUGUGCCGCUGUACUGGUCCCAGGACAUUUCCACGAUGAUGCCGAAACCUCCAAUAAGAUUGGACCAGGCAGACCCCUACGCCCACGUGGCUGCCCUCCACUUCGACCAGAUGCUGCAGCGGUUUGGCUCUCCUAUCAUCAUCCUCAAUCUGGUCAAGAAACGUGAGAAAAGGAAACACGAGAAGAUCCUGAGUGAAGAGCUCUUCCCAGCUGUGGUCAACCUCAAUCAGUUCCUCCCUCCAGACCACUGGAUCGACUACAUCGCAUGGGACAUGGCCCGCUACACCAAGAGUAAAUUAUGCAAUGUUCUGGACCGCUUGAGCAUGAUAGCAGAGAAUGUGGUCAAACGAACAGGUUUCUUCAUUAAUCGCUCAGACUUCUUCUGUCACACCCUCAGACCAGACGACAGGUGGGGAGAUUUGGGUGGACAAAUUACAUUCAGCGGACGACUGCAAACUGGUGUGUUGCGGACCAACUGUGUAGAUUGUUUGGACCGGACCAAUACAGCCCAGUUUAUGGUGGGAAAAUGUGCCUUGGCCUAUCAACUUUAUGCACUGGGGAUGAUUGACAAGCCCAAGCUGCAGUUCGAUACUGAUUGCGUGAGGUUGUUUGAGGAGCUGUACGAGGACCACGGAGAUACUUUAUCUCUGCAGUACGGCGGCUCUCAGCUGGUCCACAGGGUGAAGACCUACCGCAAGAUUGCACCCUGGACGCAGCACUCCAAGGACAUCAUGCAGACGCUGUCCCGCUAUUACAGCAAUGCUUUCUCAGAUGCUGACAGACAAGAUGCCAUCAACUUGUUCCUCCAAGUUUACCAGCCUUCUGAGGGGAAGCCGCACCUGUGGGAGCUGCCCACCGACUUCUACCUGCAUCAGAAAAGCACCAUGGCCCUCCCCCAAGACAGACGCAGCUACACACUGUGGUGGUCAGAGGGAAUCCUGUCCUACCUUCCUGUUCCCUACGAUGAAGUUGCCUGUGAGGAAACGAUGAAGAAGGUCAAAGUGAAGAGGGUGAACUACUUUGAUGAAAAUAUUGACAUCUACACAGAGUUUUUCAAACCUUACGAGCUCACCUCCUUUGAUGACACUUUCUGCAUUGCCAUGACCAAUUCUGCAAGGGAAUUUAUGCCAAAGUCAGUGGGAGUGGAUCCAAGUCCAUUCACGGUUCGCAAGCCAGAGGAAACGGCGAAAUCAGUGCUGGGCAGCAAAAGCAACAAGGAGGAGACGGUGCUCCAAAGGAAGACUGCAGCCAGCGCACCUCCUCCCCCAAGUGAAGAAGCCAUUUCUACUACAUCGGAAGACGACUCUGAAGAGGACCGGGACGACGAGGGCUCUGUGUCCCAGCGCUCCACCCCCAUCAAGCUGCUGACGGAGUCUGGCGAGGGCAGUCGUACGCAGGAGGAUAGCCAGUCCCAGCAAAUAGUGAAGGAGCCCUAUGGACUCAAUCUGGCUCAAUUCCCUGCUGAGGAAGACCUGUUCAUUUACAAGAGGUUUGCACAUCUUGGGGAGAAUCAACACAGAGUGGAGAGAACUGAACGCAUAAACUUGGCAAACACCAUAUGUCUAGAGCCAGUCUCCCGCUUCCCGGAGGACAGCACCUACGCCGUUUCUCCUCCACAGGUGGACAGAGACGGUCACAAGGUGUUUGAAAGCCAUGUGAUGAUUGCUCAAGGCCAGGUGAGGGUGCUGUGCAGAGAAGACAUGUUGAUGUACAGAGAGUACGUCAAGAACAGAUAUAUGUGAGGCGCAUAUUUACAGAGAUGGCGCUCUGUUACCCGUGUGGAAAGACUUGACGAUCAGCUUCAUCCCUUCAUCAUCAACGGAUCAAAGAAUUUUAUGCUUCAGAUGCAAAUGAGAACAAAACACGUUUUCUUGCAUUAGGAAAUUCUACAGUUUUCUUUUUGUUAAUGAUGCUUAAAAUAAGGGUCAAGGAAACAUAUGCAGCUGUAUUUGGACUAAAUCAAAAACAAAAAUCUGAUCUAUUUUUCGCAAUGCAAUUUUGUUUUAAAAAUCUUCAACUGUUGUUUUGUCAGUAUUUAUUGAAGCGCGCUUGCCUUAAAAGUCUACCUGUACGGUACUUUACAUUUGUUUUUCCACAUCAGUUUUAUUUUAAUCCCUGCAUAUUUUUUUUAAAACACACAAAAACGAAUACACACUGUUUAUGCUAAUUACAAAAAUGUAAAUCGAUAGAAAAUAAUGUUGCCUCUUUGCAGUGUGUGUGUGUGUACUAUUUCAUAGUGUAACUAUUUUACUUUGAAAGGAACUUGAAAGACAGCCUUGACUUUGAAUAUUUUCUUUUAAGAAUUUUUUUAGAGAAAUCUUUACUUUAAAAACUGAGUUUUACAGAAUUGUUGUCAUUUGAGUCAUCGCCUGAUUUUUUUUUUUUCUACAAUUUUUCUUUCAUUUCGCCUCAUUUCCUCUUGCUCUCCUUCAGCUCGGAUGAAAUACAUAGCAUUCACACGAGGCAAAUGAUGCUUCAAAAAAUAAUAUCAGGACUUUUGUAACUACGUCAGAAAUUACAGCAGUUCCCAUAGAAACAAACAGGCAAACAGACAUGAUUGCACAGAAGCAGGUGGAAACGAGGCGUUGGGAUGUCUGAAAUUUAAUUUGUCCAAGUGUCUUGUUAAAUUUGUCAUAUUUUUAAACCAUGGAAAUAUAAUUUGCAAUGUUAAUCACGGAUUUUAUUUUGUAAAAUACAUUCCUGAGGUGUCAACUAAUGAAUGUGUA